AUGGCGGCGGCAGUAACCGGAGUGGCGGGGCCCCGAGGAGAACCUUCGUUGGUCCCAGGAAUCCACAAAGGAUUCUUCGAAGCUUGCCCUAGCUUUGAUGAUCCUGAACCCGACUUUUUGCUUCUUGAACGUUGUGUGGAUACGGCUGGGGCCAGAAAGCGGAGAGCGGAAGGGCACUUUCUGCAUGCAGGCUACUUGGCGCAGCUAUAUGGUAGAAAGGCUUAUACUAUGUUCUCGCGCAUACUCGACCAACCGGCGGACGUAACGCAUAAUAGGAACCCAUAUAUAGCACAGGCUGUUGUUCCAGAACCGACUCAAGACCAAUCGCCAGCUUCUCAACGUGAAGAACAGCCGGAGUCCCCAGUGGAGAUUCUCGAACAUGUAGCACCGACUACCCAGAAUAAUACCAGCAACCCCCUUGGUCAGGGUUCUCCUGCAGAUGAUGCUGAGCCUCCAACCUCGAUAAAGGCAUCACAACCACCAGCUUUCAUUAAUAUCUCCUUCUGGAGAUUUGAACAAGACAAGUAG